AUGAGGAUGCUCGAUGAGAGCCUUGUCAUUGACAGCGCAAACCGGGCUCUGCUGCACAUCAUGUCCGCUCACGCUGCGAAGUUCUACGCUCUGGAAUACAGUGAAUCCACUUCGCAUCUUCCCCGCGAAGUAAUUCAAGCGGCGGGUAGCCAGUGGGCCAAGAUCGCUGAAGAAACGUAUUUUUCCGAUUACAGCACUAUAUCCGUCGUGAAAUUGAAAGUACUUGUACUGCUUCAUGACCAUGAAGCGCGACUUGGCAACUACGCCGGAUCGUUUCUCCUCACAGGCCUGAUUGUGCGUAUGGCACACGCUCUCCAAAUCCACGUGGAAUCCGAAGAACAGCCCGGUGUGACAAACGAUGUUUCAUUGAGAGAGUCGAGGCGAAGACUGAUGUGGGCCUGUUAUAUGGUCGAUGUCUGGGCUGGCAGCGGUGUUGAUCAACUGACUAUUCUGAACGAAAGGGACAUCAAGCUUCAACUACCAUGCAAUGAGAGGCAGUUUCUCCUGCAGAUUCCGCAUGUGACCGAAACCUUGCGCCCGGGCGAAGUACUCGAUCCUGCAUCAGCAGAGCACACUCCUGGUCAACCAUGGGCAAACAUGGGCAUGAGCGCAUACUUUGUCAGAAUUGCCUACAUAUGGAAGCGCGUUCUCCGAUACAUCAAACAUCUGGAUAAUGUAGAACCACCUUGGGUACCGAACGCUGAGUUUGAGAAUCUCACAAAGGAGAUUGAAGAGUGGAAAUACAGUCACCCCCAGUGGAUGUCCUUUUCUUCUGAUAACAUCUACAUCCGUAGGGAGUCUUCCCAGCUAGGCGCUCUAUUCAUCAUCCAUUGCAUGUACCAUCAUGUGUUGUGCGAUUUGCACCGCAUAGCGUUACCGAAUCUCUUCAAGAUGCGAGAACCUUUCGAGUUUCCUCCGGAACAGUUCGGGUUUAUGGCAAAGCUGCAGGUGGCAUGCUUUGAGAAUGCGCAACAGGUAUCGGUGCUCACUUCGACUAUCCUUCAGCACGGUGUCAAAUACCUCGCUGACCCUAUCUUACCAUCUUUCGUCUACAACAGCAGUCGCAUAAUGCUAUACUACAUUGCUCGCAUCCUCGAUAGGUCGAAGCAAGAUGCAGAGACCACAACCACCCGUACGCUUGAGCUAGUGGAGCUCAACAACCGCGCUCUUCGGGCAAUGAGCCAGAUGUACCCGCUCGCGGAACCUCUCGUAAGUCGACCAGAUAAUGUGAAGCUUCGUAGCCUGACUAGCUUGCAGUACGUUACCACAGAGCGUUGGCUUGAUAAGGUGCGCGAAAGCAUUGCGCGAGGUGCUCCUUUAGAUCCAUACAUACCUCCUCAAGACCCGGUCGACCCACAUACGGAUGUGAGGUCAACAACAAGUGUGCGCAGUCCGUCGACGCCGGUACCAAUGUCGACUACCGAAACAACACAUCUACCAGUUCCACGGCCCGUACAGCGACCCAUUGCGGACCACCUUAACCCUAUGAUAAACAUGUCCAACCCACCUCCAACCACCAACGAGUUCGCUCCCACCAACACCUACCCAUACUCAAUUGCGACAUCCUCCGGGCCAAUAACUUUGGACCCGGAAGUAAUGCAGGAUACAACGUCUUCCCAGACCGAUCAACUGGGCAGCGUGUACUACCCAGGCAUGGAAAAUAUCGAGCAGCCGAUGUUUGAUUUGAAUGAUUUGCAGAAUUUCUUUGAAUGGGAAAAUAGUGAGAAUGGACCACCACCGACGGGUGUUGACGGGUUGGGUCCGCUGGGGUGGAAUAAUCUGUCUAGCAUGCAGUAA